AGCAAGCAAGGAUGCGCUGCUUUGCGAGCUUGUAAUCGUCGUGGGAGCGCUGAAGUGCACCCAACGAUCGCAUACAGCUGCCAGCUGACAAGCGUUCGACAGCUGCAAACUAGACGCCGUCGCCGCUCCCCCGUAUAGACUGCUCAGCCUCCUGCAGCCUGACAGCCUGCACAGCCCUCGCACAGCCCGCAUUGAUUGAACAGAUCACCAUGCCUCUCCUCGUCUUCAGCGACGAGUGCUGGCCGAUCUUCCUCGAAGGCCUCAAACAACUUUUCGUGGAGCUGGACCCGGUCGGCUGCGUGCGAAAACUGGACUACUACCUGCCGUGCGCGUUGGACGCCGUCAGCCGAGCCGCGUCCCUCUGCAUCGUGGCCGGCGCCGCGUUGCUCAAAGUGCCCCAGAUCCUCAACGUACUGAAAGCCAAGAGCGCCGACGGCCUCUCCUUGCUGUCGCUCGAGCUCGACGUCCUCGUUUUCAUCGCGUCGAUCGCGUACUCUGUGAAGCUGAGCUAUUCGUUGCACAGCUACGGCGAGCAGGUGCUCGUACUCAUCCAGAACGUGGUCUUAUGUUUGCUGGCCUACGGGUUCGAGAAGAAUGGGACGCGCGGCGUCAUGAGCGCGGCGCUCGGCGCCGGCGCGGUCGCCCUCUGCGCCGCGACGCCCCUGGCCUACGCGUGGGUCCUGUCGUCCGUGUCCCUCGUCGCGAAUAUCGGCUCGCUCGUGCCGCAGAUCCUGAAGAACCGGCGGCGGCAAGAGACCGGCGCGCUCUCGGCCGCGACGGCGCGGACGCGUGUGGAAAUCAAACUUCGCGGCGCUUCUCGCAUACGGCUGAAUCAUGCCUCCACGCCAUCGACGCGAUGUCUGCUCGAUGGCGUGGCGGUGUGGGUCUUACAUCCCUCUUGAUGCAGUCAUCACGGCCGCGCUGUCGCCGAGAAAUUACUGUGCACCUACUCACUGGUUGAUUUCCACCACAGGUUCAAAUGCGCCUCCUCGGCAACGCCGCGCGCUUGUUCACGACAGCGGUAGAGAGCGCCGACGCGGUGCUGCUGCUGGGGUAUGGAGCGUCGUUCACGUUGAACGGAAUGCUGGCCUGGCAGAUCCGGGCGUACGCGCCGCGGAAGGAGGACUAGCGUACGGGCUCGUCCAUUUUGUUUUUCGUCGUAACAUGGAAUUUCUCCCUCCAACGCCGUCGGGCAAAUUAUGGGUCUUGUAAUACUUAAGCACAGGGCACAGU